AACGUCGGGAACCUGCGUCUCACUCUCAAGCUGUGCGGGGGUUAAUGUCGUCCGACUUUCCUUACCAAUGAGGACUUGUUCUUCCUGCAAUCCCACGAGCCAUAUGCACUAGCACUGUUCGUUCCCGAGACUGGCUCAGUCUUGUACUGUACUACCGACCUCACACUGCAUCUCCUAUCACGACCAGCUUGCGAACAUCCUAAUUCUCUAUUUUCUCCGCAUUAGCCAAUAUGAAGGCUUGAGCCAUGCGAGCCUUCGCAGGUCCUACGUCUCGGCUUUCUUCUCCUUUCUGUUCUGUCGACUCGUCCAUCUAAUACUAAGGCCAUCAUGGAUCUCGAUAGCUCUACGCCCGCUGGUACCCGGGUUAAUAUCAUUGUACUUGCUUUCACACUAGUUUCUGGUCUCAUAGUGUUUCUACGUCUUUUUACACGAUUGGUAAUAUCGAAGGGAGCUGGGCUUGAGGAUGCGUGCAUCGUGGUUGCUAUGAUUCUUUCCGUCGCACUUGCCGUGCUGACGGCGGAACAAGUAAUGAAUGGGUUGGGCGAACACAAGUCGCGGCUUGAACUCAAUGAGCAAGUUACUCUACGUACAGCCUUCUGGGCAAGCGUCUGGGUUUACAACCUCACCCUUGCGGUCACAAAGAUCUCUAUCCUCGUGCAAUAUCUCCGCAUAUUUCCUGUGCGAGGCUUCCGCAUAGCUUGCUAUGCUAUGCUCAGUAUCGUAAUCCUUUAUGGGGGGUGGGCGACAUUCUCGAGCGUGUUUAUCUGCAGCCCCGUCGCCUUUUCAUGGGAUAAGUCCAUCGAUGAUGGGCGUUGUGUGAAUCAGCUCAUCAUAUGGGUUGUAAACGCCGGUGUCAAUAUUGCACAAGACGUGGUGAUCUUUCUCAUGCCGCUAUCCAUCGUUCGGGCUCUUCAUCUACCUAAAUCGCAAAAAGAAGGCUUGGUGGCCGUGUUUGUGUUAGGUGCUAGCGUCACGAUGGUCUCUAUCAUACGGCUGUACACCCUAGAUAAUAUCGCCAAUUCGACCGACAUAUCAUUCGAUAACGUGGAUCAUGCGACAUUAUCUGCAGUGGAAGUAAACGUCGGCAUUAUAUGCGCUUGCAUACCAGCUAUGCGACCUCUUUUCGCUCUGCUGGCGCCGCAUUACUUCUCAGCAGUGCCGCAAUACACCAACGCUAGAAUUCUCGAUAUCGAGCGCCAAAAACAGAGGACUGGUCGCCAAGGGAACACCCGACCUACUACGGCGACUCCCAGGACGAGACCGAACACGGCACGGACGACCAUUAUUCGUCCAACUACUACUACUACUACUAGGACAAGACCCAGUACGGUGCGCACCACCAUGACUGGGCCGGGUACCGCCACCCAUGUAACGAGACCCAGCACAGCACGAACAACGACGCGAUCAAGCACUUCCCACACCCUCAAGCUCGAGACAACCAUUCCGAGGGCCGACUCGGUACAAAGCGACAUCCCUCUUCAACCCCUUGUGCCAACGCUCUCUCGCACCCCAAGUGGUCGCUUCUCUGUCGCAAACAGUAGUCGUCCACCAACGCUACGUCUACCUAGCUACAACAAUCACUCUCGCAAUGCAAGCGGUAGUUCGCAAAGCACACAGAGCUCGACGCGAGGGCGAUCUGCUACACGCUUUCAAGGAAGGCCUGAUCCUCUGCGCAUGUCACCCAUCACACCAUUCAGCCCUCCAUGGCCCGCCCCGUUGCGAACUGGAUCGCCGUUGGCCUUGGGUUCCCACACCCGACACCCGAGCAGCCAGAGGGCGCCUUCUCCAUUACCGCCACGAACACCUGGAGCUGAUAAGCAGCUACCACUCACGCCUUUCCCAGUCGGCUCAGUAGACUGAAUAGCCUCUAGCUGACCUUUCCGCAUAACAACUUAAUCGGAUGCCUACACCCAUCAACCUUAAAUAAUACGCUCGUUACAAAUACCAAAUCCGCAGGAUAUGUUCUCUCCUAACCCGAGAACAAGACUGGACAACUUCCGAAGAUAUGAAGCACAGCUGCUUCGGGUACGCCAACGGCACAGGCUUUGCACGACCAGAUCGGAG